UGUCAUUGUUGUUUUAGAAGAUUGUAUUUUUAAUGUUUUGUAAUUUUAUGUGUGCUAUUUUCUCCAGACCUUUUGAAAUAGCUAUACGAUAAGUGAUUCAGCCCUUUUAGAGAAGCAAGCUAAAAUACAACGUUUCUAAAAUGUCGGAUAUGAUAAUAAAUGACUCUGUCCCAGUGGAUAAAAAAUGGAGCGAAUUAAUCAGAUAUAAUAUAUUCAUUAUGAAACUUGUUGAGUUUGUAAUAUCAUUGCUCCUCAUGAUAAUCCCGUUUGUAUUGACGGAGCCGGAUUUGUUGCACUGCCUUGCCGUCGCUCCGACCCUCGUCCUGUCCGUUAUGUUCGUCGUGUUAUACUUAGUGGACCAAGUGCAUGAUCUGGCCGAACAACUAUACUUAAUGUUACAAAUCAUAUUUAAUGUCCUAGCAUUUAUAUUCGUACUAUUAAAUACAAGCGCCACAUUAGCGUUAUACGGAUUAUUCUAUUGUCAUCUGCUCAUCGCACUGUGCAUAGAUAAGUACUAUGUCAUAAAAGAACGAGGAUUUGCAUUACUUAAAAAAGAAUAAAUGUUAUUGUUCAAUAAAAUGCUCUCACAGGCAUACACAUUCGUAUUAUUCAGUAGUUUUGAACAUUCAAGCCACUACUUACUCCUUUGAGUAUUAAAUAUGUUUUCUUAUACAAACUGCUAAGAGGCUAACUGUUGAUGAUUAGUAAUAAGUAUAGUUCUGUAACAUGCAUGAGUCUACAAGUGGGUCCGUCUUACUUUUAGGUAGUGGCACUGCUACUCAAUAUACUGCCCCAUGUUGUGGAGCCGCUGGACAUAUUCCAAUGCCUGGUGGCGGGGCCCACGAUCAUGUGUUCCACGCUUUUUAUGGUGCUCUAUGUGGUGGACCAAGUGCAAUAUGAGGCAGAGUUAUAUUACGUCCUCUUUGAACUCAUUUUCACACUAAUAGCUUUUGUCAAACUAUUCAUUAUUGGUAAACUAGUAGGAGCCAUAUAUGGACUGUUUUAUGCUGAUUUAAUAAUAGCAUUCUCAAUGGACAUAUUCUACAUGCAUAGAGAGCGAGGCUGGACCUUUUGAUUUGUGUAUUAAAUUUCUUGUUAUCUUGACUAUUGUUUUUUUUUUACAUAGUAGUGAGCUGAUAAUGUAUUCCCGCUGGUUUAGCCACAUCCUGCGACACACAAGAAUGUGGGUGUAUGAGUAAUCAAUUGCCUAUGGCUGGACAGACUGUUAUAAUGUGUAAAAGGAUAAAACAAAAUUUAUGGACUGUUGUAUUUUGUGCUUUGAAAAUGUUGAACACACUGCUAAAAAGAGUUUUGAGAGUGAGACUCUGUGAGUUACUGUGGUGUAUACUUGUAUUCGUAAUUUUUAUAGUGCUAUGGACUUUUAGUGAUGUGAAAGAAACCAGUGCCAAAGUAACAGCUCAGUAUCCUGUGAUUCUAUGGUGGACUUUGGAAUUCCCCGGCAGCUCUACCACCAGAACAUGUUCAAAUAAUAUUAAGUGUCAUGUAUACAGUGAUAUAGAAAAAGACAAAUAUUAUAGUGUUGGAGCAUACUUGUUCUAUGCCAGCAACAUUAAAUUUAAGAACCUCCCUUUGCCAAGAAAACCCAAAGAUGUGAUAUGGGGCCUUUAUCAUGAAGAGUCACCGAGGAAUGUAGAAGAAUUGUUACAUGAGAAAGCAUUGAGCUUAUUCAAUUUUACGGCAACAUUUAGUAGAUUCAGCAAUGUCCCAUUUCCUCUGCAACAUUUACAUUCAUUUGAAGAUAUAACAAGUACAACAUACUUUGUUAAAACUUCCAUAAAAAAUACGUAUCUCAAAGAUAUUUCUCCGAUCAUGUAUUUGCAGAGUGAUUGUGAAACUUCUACCGAAAGAGAUGCGUACGUCCAGGAGCUUAUGAAAGUAAUUGACGUGGACUCAUACGGCUCAUGCUUGAACAAUAAAGAAUUACCAUCGAAAUUCAAAACUGACUAUUUGAACAACUUGAAUGAAGAUGAGUUUUUAAAAUUCAUUGCUCGCUACAAAUUUGUCGUGGCAUUUGAAAAUGGGGCUUGUAAUGACUACAUUACGGAGAAGUUCUGGCGCGCCAUAAAAGUAGGAACUGUCCCCAUUUAUUUUGGUUCCCCAACCAUUAGAGACUGGCUACCAAAUCGUAAGUCAGCUAUUCUACUAGAAGAUUUUCCUACACCAAAGAUUCUACACAAACACAUAGAGCAACUACUGAACAAUGAUACAUUAUAUGAGGAAUAUUUAGAACAUAAGACCAUUCAAACUAUAACUAAUGACAGACUCGUAAACGAAUAUAGGGAUAGGCCUUAUCAAUUGGACGGUAUCAAAGUUAUAGAGAAGUUCGAGUGUUUCAUCUGUGAGAAGUUACAUGAGAAAAUGAAUAAUCAAAUAGGAGUAAAUGUUGUAAAUAAGAGUCACUAUGACUGUCCCAAACCCAUAUCAGCCCUAAGUUUAAAAGUGAACCCCGAAAACAGUUGGGUAUAUUCAUGGGAAAAAGCCGAAAUAGAUGCAGCUAAAAUUUACACAGAAAUUAUGAAUGGAGAUUAAUAUAUUUUGCAUAAUUUUACAAUGUAAUAUUUUGUAUUAUUUUACAUUUUAAUAUAUUUUUGAUAGAUAUUU